UUAGUAAGUUAUUUUUUUUUAUUUCAGGCAAACCCAUUGCACAAACAAACUUACUGAUCAAAGCAGUUUCGAUGGCAUGAAUAGAGAAGUACCAUCUAAGCAGAGACUUGCUGAUGAAAUGAAGGUUGCGAAAAGGACACAAACGAGAGCUAUAGAUGCCGAAAGCGAUAAUUAUAAUACUUCGGACGAAGCCAACAACACUAGUGAUGAUGAAGACACUUAUACAAGUGAUAAAGAGAAUGACUUUAAAAUGUUUCAGUCAUUUGUGAAUGAAUGCAAGCUGGACAAGUGCAUAGAAGAUUUGGGCAUUCUUUGUGGCUUAAUGAAAUAUAUAAAUGAAGAACUUCAAAAGUGGAAGGAAAGAAAAUUAAGCAUUGCUGUCAUCGGAAAUUCAGGAACUGGAAAAUCUAGUUUAAUAAACGCGAUAAGAGGCAUAAAGGCGGAUGAACAAGGUGCAGCACCGGUUGGUAUUACGGAAACUACAAUAGAGAAGAAGCAAUACGCUGUCCCAGGCAAUGAAAAUAUAAUUCUUUGGGACUUACCUGGUGUUGGAACGCAAACUUUCAAAAAGGAAGACUAUCUUAAAGAAAUGAACAUAGAGCAAUUUGACGUAUUUAUUAUCGUGUCAGCUUCAAGAUUUUCAGAAAAUGAGAUAUGGCUUGCACAACAUAUUGUGGAACAGAAAAUUUAUAUGUUUUUCGUUCGUACAAAGAUAGACAUUGAUCUUCAAAAUGAGAAGAGAGAUCAUCCCGACCAGUACAACAAAAAGAAAUGUUUACGAAAGUUAAAGAAAGAAAUCCAGAACAACCUCGACAAAGGAAACAUUCUUCAUUCAAAAAGGGGAAUCUACCUUGUCAGCUCAGCUGAAAGGGAAAAAUUUGAUUUUCCCAAUUUACAAGAAAAAUUAAACAGAGAGUUAAGCUUUAAAAGAUUUGCUAUUCGCAAGAUAUUAGAAAAACGUUUAAAAGAAAGAGUUGCUGAUAAAAGAGACAUUAAAAAAGGCAAGUUUCGACUACACAGAGUUGGAGUGGUUGUUUUAGGAAGCUUUACAGACGAAAUCACUAAAAGUAUGUACGAGGCAUGUAAAAAAGCGUUUUGCCUUGAUAAUGAAUCGCUUCAAAUGAUCGCAGCUGAGUUAGAAAUACCUUUGUCAGAUUUAAAGGUACGGCAUCUCUCUUUUCCUACAAAAAAUGAACAAAAUUUUGAAAAAAGAAUGAUCCGAUUCGUUCCACUACUUGAGUAUACAUAUAGAAAUGUGGAAUAUUUCGACACUCAGCUGAAUGAUGUCUGUGAUGCAUUUGCAAAAGAAGAGGAAGAACUUAUAGGUAUGCGCCUUGCGAAGCUGGAAAAACAAUUAAGACCACUGUAACUGUUUAUGUAUAUACAAGGAAAUGUUAUAAUUGAAAUGUAGGCGUGCUUUUACAUAAAACAAUGGUUAAAUUAAAGUCUCAGACUUGAAAUGUUGGACCCCGUGUUAGUGUGUUUGAUAUUGCUGUAACAAUAGAUUAUGUAUAAAGGAAGGACAAACCUAUUAAUAAUGUACUUUAAUGUAAAUAUAUUAAACUUUUUAUGUUAUGCAGUGGUAUCCUUACAUUUUGUAUAACAUCGAUUCGAAUGCUAUAUUGCUUUCCGUUCUAUCUCACUUUUGUUAGAAUACAAUCUGAUAUAUUUCCUGAUGCAAAUUCUUUGGUUAUCAAAUAAUAUUUACUAAUAAGAUUCAGUUUCUCUGCACGUAAAGUAUUUUAAUCAUUUGAUUUCACUGAGAAAUUUUUAACAAGCUGUAUAUAUUACUUCUCUUACUCUCUUAACAACAUGAAUAUCAUGUAUCAUGUAACAUAGCAACAUGCUUUUAACAACUGUCCCGACCUCCGGGCCAGUUAUGAUCAGAAAUUGAUUGUUGGGAGUAUCUCCGUAGAUGUAGAUGAUGUAGAAUUUUGUAAGGACACCAUGGUUAUUGGUUCUCUGUGUGUGAGUUUACUGUUCUAUUUCGGAAUGAAAUAGUAUAUGAGAGAAAGCAGGACUUUGGCCUGGUCAAAGGCUGCCUUUCUUUAAAUACAGUGUUGAUAUACGAUUUAUCAUUAUCGAUCUCCCUGUUAGAGGAAAGGUUAAACUUGACUAUCAAUACAACGUAGAUAUGGGUGUAACACAUAUUGUUUAGGUAUAAUGUUAUAACGCGUCGAACUAAAAGACGCCCGUUUUAUGCAAUGCAAAAUGCGCUUCUGUAUGGAUCCACUUCUUCUGUCAUUAUAUUAAAAUUAUGUUUCAAAACGUUACAAUCCGUAUCUCAGUUGAUAUUUUGUACUGUAGUUGUCAUUAAUUUCUUUUGAAACUUAAAUAAUUCUGGCUACUUUGAUACCUCAGAUGGUUCGUAAUACUUUCCAAUGGCAUGAAAUUGACGGAUUCUCUGCUCACCUUAAUUUGAUGACGACACGUGCAUAUUUUGUAACACAGAUAUACAAUUUUUGAACGAUUCGUACAGUUAUAGACUCGAUCUGUAACACGUACUUAAAGAGCAAACCAACUUAAUUUUUAUGAAUUGUUUACAACAAGGGUGGAUGCUAUCGGACAUGUUUGAUAAAUACGAAGUCAAUGAAUAAUAUCGAUACGUUUUCUCGGCAAGAUACGAGGGGCGUUCAGUAUGUAAUGUUACUCCGUAGGUAGUUCCGUAGCCGCUAGUUAUCUUUAGAUGCGGUUUUCGGCAUAUUAUAGAGCAAUUUAUUGGGAACACAAUGCUAAAUAAAGUAUAAAAAUCGGCAGGUUCAAAGUAAAAAUAUAAUCAUUUUAGUGAGGUGUACUCAGGUAUACUGGAACAUAAUUAUAAUUUAGGUUUGUCCUGGGCAUCCAGAGUCUCAGGAAAAUAGAAUAACUUGUAAAAUCACAAAAUUCUAUCAUUUUUCUACGAGGUACAGCAAUUUGUGAUGAGUUUGCGUUUGUUUUAAACUAUUUAUUGCAUUUUUAAUUUUACAACACAACUAAAAAAUCUAAACUCGAGGUUGAUUCCAUCUGGAAUGGGUGCUGUGAGCGAUUAAUCAAAGUCGUAAGAACUAGUUUCGCAAUGGAGAAUUAAGAAACUAGUAUCAACUUAAAAUACAAGAAUUUUUUAAACGAUGAUUAUCGCGCCUGACAAAAUGGCAGAGGCUUAUAUUUACACAUCUUAUCAUUUUUCGGGUAAAAACAUACACACUCAAUUUAAAACACUUAUAAACGUUUUUAUUUCAGUUUUCAUAUGUUUUUGUGAAGAUCAUGAUUUGUUUUAUCUGUUCAAACUGAAAAUUGAGCUAUAGUUGUAGUUGUUGAAUAGUAGAAUCAAGGAAUUGCAUAUUACAAUCUCAAUAUUUUAGACAUAAAAUUGUCCAGUAUACCCGAGUACACCUCACUCAAAUGAUUAUAUUUUUACUUUGAAUCUACCGAUUUUACAAUUUAUACAGCAUUGUGUUGCCAAUAAAGUGCUCUAUAAUUUGCCGAAAACCGCAUCUAAAAAUGAUAAGCGGUUACGGAAUUACAUACGGAGUAACAUUAUAUAUUGAACGCCCCUCGUAUAUAGAGAAUAUUAGGUUACUGUCUUACAAAUUUGAAUUUAUUAAGUGAAGAAAAAAAAAGAAUUUAUUAACCGAAAAAAAACUACAAGUUAAUUUAUCCUACCUUCUGACUAAAAAUCAUUGUUUGAUUAAACUAGGUAUGUGCCUGUUUUAAACAAUAUUUUACAAAUUAAUACGCUGCAAAUUAUGUGUUGUCAAUAUGUUGUACAGUCUUGCAUGUAGUUGUUAAUUUGAAUUGAAAUAACAAAUAAAAGAAGAAAAAACUAA